UGAUUGAACAAAGAUUCACUCAUUGAGGACAGGAGAAAACACCACAGACUUGCCAUUGGUACUCUUGUUAAAACACCGCAGCAAGUAAAGCUUAGAGAUGACCACAAAGAUGGAAGAUUUCAAUAUUCCAAGUCUUAUUCAAAAGAAGAGAGAUGGAGCAGAAUUUGGAAAGGAUGAGAUACAAUAUUUCGUUCAGCUGAUCAAGAAUGGUGAAAUACAAGAAUGUCAGAUUGGGGCCUUAUUGAUGGCAAUCUAUAUGAAGGGAAUGUCAUUAGCAGAGACAUUGUCCCUGACAGGGGAGAUGAUGACAUCAGGAGAAAUGAUGCAGUGGCCUGAAGAGUGGUGUAGCAGUGUGGUAGAUAAGCACUCCACAGGAGGAGUUGGAGAUAAAGUCAGCCUUCCUCUUGCACCUGCAUUAGCAGCUGCAGGCUGUAAGGUGCCAAUGAUAAGUGGACGGGGCCUUGGGCAUACAGGUGGCACUUUAGAUAAACUAGAAUCAGUGCCUGGAUUCAAUGUGGACCAGACUUCAGAGCAGAUGGUAGAUAUUUUGAAGACAGUUGGAUGUUGUAUUGUUGGGCAGACAGAAAGUUUGGUUCCAGUGGACAGGAUUUUAUACAAAAUGAGAGAUGUUACUUCUACAGUGGAAAGUCUGCCACUAAUUACAAGUUCCAUCAUGUCUAAGAAAGGUGCAGAAUCCCUGUCUGCUUUGGUUCUUGAUGUGAAAUACGGCAGUGCGGCAAUUUGCAAAACUAGGGAAAGUGCUCGGACCCUGGCAAGAUCACUGAUCCAAACUGGUACAUGUCUUGGAAUUCAUACAAGGGCAGUGCUUAGCAAGAUGGACAGCCCAAUUGGUCAGAAGAUUGGAAACUCACUGGAAGUGAUAGAAUCCCUUGAAUGUCUGAAAGGGCGAGGACCUGCAGAUCUAAGAGAGUUAGUGGAAUGUUUAGGUGGUAUACUAAUCUGGAUGUGUGAGAAAGCUGAUAGCUUUGAAAAAGGAAGGAAGAUCAUUCAGACAGUUCUAGAUAAUGGCUCAGCUUUGCAGAAGUUCCAGGACAUGAUGAAAGCCCAAGGAGUAACACCAGAACAUGCUAAUACUUUAUGCCAAACAGAAAAUUACUUUAAGGUGUUUAAACCUUCUAAAUGUAAAGAAGAACUACAUACAACUCAAGAAGGGAUAGUCAAUGAAAUAUAUGCUAUGCCUAUAGCGGAGGUGUUACGGGAAUUAGGAGCAGGUCGGACAAAGACAGACGACCCAAUAAAUUACAGCGUUGGAGCAGAAUUGCUUAUUACUGUGGGUGAACGUGUAACUAAAGGUACUCCCUGGGUGAGAAUUCAUCAUGACGCUCAGAAAUUAACAGAAGCACAAAAGUCACUUCUGCAGACAGCUCUAAGUAUAGGAGACAGGCCAGUGUCAGCAGAUAAUAGAAUAAGUGAAAUCAUGAUCCCUGAUUCCAUCAGCUGGAGUGAACUAAAUGGAGACUUGGAUAGUAACAGAAACUAUAUCAAACAGAACAACCUUGUCUAGUACAAAGUUCCCAACAGUGUAUCAGAAGUCAUGGUUCCUCUGCUGCAUCCAAACAGACAGACAAGCACAACCUUGUGAUCAUGAUAUUGAAGAGUUUGAAGCACUUUUACACACCUCUUACUGCUGGGGAACUGAAUUUGUGCCUACAGUAAAAGGUUAAUCAUGUAUUGGCUUAUAAUAUUUUACAGACGUAAAACCUUUCAAGUCUAAACUUAGCUAUUACAUUCUUUUUUUUCAAUAAUAAUGUUUAUUUCUUUUCUUUCAAAAAUAAAACAAAAUUGAAGAGAAAGAGAAAAUGUAGGUUAUUGUACACAAACCUGUAAAAAAUAAAACUGUAAGGGAUCAGUUAACAACUACUUACAUCUAUUUAUAAUAGAAUAGUGUCACCAUUCAUUUAGAAAGUUUAUUGUAAUAUACUUAAUACGAGGGUUGGGGAGAAGAAAACAAACAGUUUAAAUAAUUUAGAUUACAUUUCUAUUUAGUUAAUAUUUAAUUUUACACUUAAGUAUUUGUUGAUUAGGUACAAAUAUAUGUAUAUGAGUAGUGAAUCCUGACUUGUAAAGCUUAAUAAUUUAGUAUAGUAUUAAUAAGAAGGUUCCAGUACUUUUGGAUAUAUGGGAGAUUAUUGUUAUCUUUAAAAAUUAGUUUAUGUGAGGACAGGUACUUUAGAGUCAUAUUUUUGUAUCCAUUCCAAGUUAAUUUGAUGUGAUCAGUCCAAUUUUGAGAUAUAACUUGAGUAAAGAAAAAGAGGUAAUCAUUACAUGUUUAAUCAAUUUGGAAAUGUUGUGUGGUGCCAAGUGGAGGAUAGCAAAAUCUCAUGAAAGUGUUGAUUUUUCAUAUCCCAUUUUUCUAGUUUCACUUAUAGUGAGCACUAUAGUUUAUGAAUAUGUUUACAGCUCCUAAACAUAUGUAGCACAUCUGUAAUUUUUGAGGACCAAUAUGGACAAUAUGGUGAUGAUCUUGGAUUAUAUUUGUUUAGUUUCUGAGGCAUAACAUACACAUUAUUAUUUAUCAUGAGUUGAGUGUAAAUUGAUUUUUAAAGGGUGUUAGUUUUAUUGUAUUGUCAAUUGCUAGCAAUUUCUGUUCUACUGUAAUGUUUUUGUUUAUUUUGUCCCAAUAAUUUGAGAAUAGUAUAGAUGAUUAAUGCUUAAUUGAAGAUAUUAGUUUAUAAGCAUUUGAUAGCAUUUUAGUUUUGAACAACAAGCACUUCAAGAUUAACUCAGUUAGGGGUAUGUUCACAUCAUGUUUGUUUAGGUUUUGUAUUAUUGGGUGAAUUACAUCAUUAAGCUGUCUUAGUAUGAUAGUAUGUGUUUUCGGUAGUGUCAUUGUUAUCACAGUAUUCUCUAUAGAAAGGUCUCUUAGCAUGUAUAGGUCCCAGACUGUACAAUUUUUAAUUAAGGGAAAGGAAUCUAGGUAAAUCAUAUUGUUAUUAAUCUUGAGAUUUGGGUUGAGGUGUAGCAGUUGAAGUAAUAUAUAGGAAUGCUCCAAAUGUAAUCAUUUUAACAUUUUUUGCAAUAUAAUGACUUUAUCUUUAAUUAGUUUGUGAAUUUUGACCCUUUUAAAGUUUUCUUGACUAAUAAAAGGGAGUGACUUUGGAUUAAUAUUUUGAGAUUUAAUAUGAUUACACCACAGUUUCAUCCAUAAUGGAGACCAUUCGCUUUCAUCAAAGAAUGCUGUCUUGAUAACUUUACUUACACAACAAAUUUCAUAAUAGAAUUUAAGAUCUGGUAGGCUGACUCCCCUUUUAUCUUUAGAUAAUGUUAAUGUGUUGUAACUAAUCCUAACUGACUUAGGGGACCAAAUAAAUUUUGAUAAUACAGCGUGUACUUUGUGAAAGAAUUUGUUUGGAAUAGUUAGAGUAGCUGUAAUAAAAUAGUAUAAUAAUCUUGGAAGAACAUUCAUUCUGAUAAUAGCAGAUUUAGAUAUCAAGGGAAGAUUGACUGUUUCAUCUUGUGAUGUCAUUAGUAAUGUUGGUCCAGGUUUUAUAUAGAUUUUCCUUCAUUAACGGUUUAUGAGAGUGCUCAUAGUUUAUUCCUAAAUAUUUAAGCAAAUAUUUUAAUUUGACUUCCGUUAUAGGAAAGUAGUAUUCUUUAUGCCCAAUAGGGUUUAUUGGAAAAAUAUAAGAUUUAGAUUAUUUAUUUCAUAAUUUGUUGAAUUUGCAAUGUCAUUUAUGGAUUGUCUAUUUGUGGAAGUAAGUAUUGGGACACUGGAAGUAAAUAUUUAAGUCAUCUGCAAAAACAGUACAUUGUAAUUUAGUAUUUCGAAUUAUUGGGAUAUGGUGAUAAGUUCUUUGUUCUAUGUUCAGCAUCAGAAGUUCUAAGUAAAGGUUAAAAAGGUAUGGGGAGAAGGGGCAUCCUUGUCUGGUACCAUUUAUAAUUUUUACAGGAUUCGUGUUUACUUUAUUAACUGAGAGAGUUGUGCAUGAGCUACGGUAAAGCAUUUUGAUAAUGUCAAUUAAUUCUUGCAGUAUAUUAAAAUAUUCCAUGGUUUUAAAUAGGAAUUCCAGGUUCACCCUAUCAAAUGCUUUGGAUGCAUCUAAUGAUAAGGCAUAACAUGGAUUUCUUUCCUUUUCUAAGAUUGAGAUAGCCACAUCUAAUGUAAGUGUAUUAUCAGAGACUUGUCUUUUAUUAAUAAACCUAGAUUGUUCAUGAGAGAUAAUAGAUGGUAGAACCUCUUUCAGUCUGUUCGCUAGAAUAGACAUCAAUAUUUUAAUGUUGAUAUUGAUUAAAGCAAUGGGUCUGUAAUUGUAUGGGUUAGUCUCAUCAGAAUUGGGAUUAUGAAUAAGAAUAGGUUAAAAUUAUUUAUAUGUAAAUCUGUGAUGCCAUUUUCUCUGAUAUAGUUAUAUAUCUGUAAUAGGAUCUUAAACAAUUGCAUUUUGAAAGUUUUGUAAAAUUCCAGUGUAAAGCCAUCAGGGCCAGGAGCUUUGCUUGUUUUCAGUUUAUUUAUUGCGACUUUAAUUUCUUGCUUAAGAGUGACAAGUAGGUCAUUUUGUAUGCUGUUAAUUUUAGGGUAUUUGAUGUUGUCCAAGUAUUGUGUAUAUUCCUCAAUGGGGAGCUGGUUUUGUGGACCACAUACAUUUUUAUAAAUUUCUUCAAAAGAUUUAGUGAUUUCUGAGGUUGUAUAAACAGUUUUGGCCUUAUAAUUUAUUUCAGUUAUUCUAGGAGGGGACUUUGCCCCAUUCAGCAUAUUUCAAAAGUAGUUUCAUUUCAACUAUUGAAUAUUCUUGCAUUAAUAGUGCGCAUAGUACUUUCUACAAGUUUGAUAUGAUGGUUUCAAGUUCUGCACUGUUUAUUUUGAAGUUUCUUUUCAGCUUCUUUUAAUUCAUAUUCCAAUUUAAUUUUCUUUUCCUUAUUUUGCUUUUUGUAAAUUGUAGCCUUUUGUAUUAGUAUGCCUCUUAUUGUGUUUUUUGUAGUGGCUCAUUGAAUAUCAUGGGGGAUUUCAGUGUUAACAAUGGUCUUUUCUAACUGAUUAAGAAUAUCAGUUAUCUUUUGUAUUACUUUGUUUUUUAAAAUAGAUUUACAUUUAGUGACCAGUUGAGAUUUUUCCUAUGAGUGGGGGGAAUAUUGCAUUCUUCUAGGAUCUGACAAAUAUGACAGAUGUGUUACAAAAGAUUUUUGAUCCCACAUGAAACUUACUUGUUCCAAGACAUUUCCAUAUAACUUACAGAAUCAUCUGAUUAAACAAGUAUCUUCUUACCAACAUUAAUUGACCCUUCCUUCCUUCUAAUAAAGUGUAGCUAAUAGCAGUUGGUAAGAUAAUUGUUAAAAUACUAUGAAGCAGACAUUCAUUCUUUCAGUAAAAGGAAACAUAUGCAGUAUUUUGUAGAUGUUUGUUUAUGUUUAGAUUGGUGCAGGCUGUGGAGGUAUGAGAAAGAGUUUGCUACUUAAUGACAUGGGUUCAGAACAACAAGAAUGUUAUUUCAGGGCAUGGAAGUGAAUAGACAAGGGAAGCAAAAGAAGAAUAUAUGCACAUUUUGCAGAUGGCUUUACUAAAUAUUAUUACUGUAGCUGAAGAAGUAUAUAUUAGAGAGAGAGAGAAUGAGAAACAUUAUACUUCUAGAGAUGUAAUUAUAAAUAUUUACAACAGGUACUAAGAAGACAUGAGGUACAGAGGUGAUUAUACCAGCAUAUGUGGUUUUGUUAGUAUUAUAACUAUUGUCUGGGGAAUUAAGUGUUUCUUUACUAUUGUGAUUGCUGUUGUUUGUUUUAAGAUUAUAAGGUUUAGACACAACUGUGACAGAUAAAUGCAAUCUUACAAUCCUGUUGUUAGAAUCUGAACCUGACAAGUGGUUGUUUAUAAGACCUGCUCCUUUAAGGCCUGUUCAUAAAUUCUUUAUCACCAAAGUGAAAAUCCUUUGACCUUUUAAGCUAUAUCAGGCUUCUAUAUCUGAUAACCAUUGGCAAAUAAUUCCAUAAUCUAGCUACACUAGUCAUAAAGAAAUGUAUUUGCAUAAUGACACUGUAUUUCCAAAUGCAAGCUAUGUUUUCUUGCACAUAUUGCAAGUAUGACAGGGCAAGCUGACACCUGUUUUUGCAGUGUGUAUACUGUGGUAUACAGGAACUAUGGCUAUAGUUACUUGCUGUGCUUGUGUUACUCAUAUUUGAGGACCUGUCUUCCUCUGCUUGCUUUGAUGGACUGCAGUGUAAAUGUGUGUUCUAGUGAGCUAUGCAUAUAUGGAGAUACAUCUAAAUUUAGCAUGCCUUCAUGCCUCAAGACAUUUAUCUGUCACUGGGAUUUCACCAAAUAUCAAAAUCUUCACAUCUUUUUUUUCCCAAAGAUUUCACAUUACCUAUUCUUAAAUAAUAUUAAAAUGCAUAUAAAACAUAAACAGAGAGAAAAAAAUCCCAGAAUAACAAAAUAGUUGUGGUCACUGGCCUGAGAAAAAGAUUAUACAACUAAUCAAGAAAUAUUGGAGAUCCUUACAUCUGUAAAACAUCUGUGAAAAUUAACUAAUUUUUUUUAAUGAGCAAGUAAUUUAUGCAUCUUAAAACUGAAGCUCAUACAAGUCUCUCAGUAUUUCAUGAAUUUUUGAAGGCAAUCAAAUAAAUGCAAAAUUAAAGUGUAACAGAUUAGCUUCAGUUCAAGUACUUUUGAACAUAUUUAAGACUGCUGUUGAUAUGCUUUUUUCACACUAUUCCUGAAGCUGAUCUAAAAAGUUUAUAUUCCAGAAUACAGGGAACAGAAAAUAAGAAUGUGUUUAAAGCAGAAUGAUAGCUUAUUUUUUUCUGUUAAAUGAUGUUAAAAUCAAGAUGGCAUUUAAAUAUUUUGUCUCUAAUGCAGUCUACUUAUAGUGCUAUAAAUGUGCAAAAUGACACUUAAAUUUUAGCCUUACCCAUCAAACGGAAAAAUAUGCACAUGAAGCAAAAUCCAAACAUUAAUUUUAUCACUUUUCACUGUACCGUGUAAUCCUAGAUUGCUAAGAGCCAUGACAGAAGUCACAAGACUUAAUCACUCCAUCUGCUAGUCUAUUUUUGUAGUUCUUUCAUCAAAUUUGGUUGCAUCAGAUAUGUUUUUUUUUAAUUAUGGGUAUCUGUUUUAUUUUUAUUUUAUUUUACAGUAAUGUAGCAAAAAGUUAAGCUUGUUACACCACAUAACUUUGACAGGUAUUAUGACUGGGUUUCCCUCUGUCGUCUCUAUCGCUUCCCCUGUAGCACACAGAGCAGACACCACAGAUCAUCUUUUGAACCAUUUUGGCAGUGUGAAAAGCUAUAAGACAAUUCUGAUUUCUAAACACACACACACACACACACACACACACACACACACACACACACACACACACACACACACACACACACACACACACACACACACACACACUGUGGUAGAAUGAAGGACCUAACAGGUUUUAAACCUGUUCUGUGAUCAGAGGGAGACUGUCUGUGUGGUAGCACUCGUUCAAAUGUAUCUCAUUGACUUUAUACUUUGCAGGUAGUAAGGAAGCCUGCUGAGUAGCACUUCUCAUCUGAGAUCAUUAACACUUUUUUGUUGCAAAGAAUGUUGAUAGAGUUUUUAAAUGGGAAAUUCUAAUAAAAUGAGGUUCAUUAACAGGCCUCUGGUCACUGAGAUCAGCAUUACCAUUUUUGUUUUGUUUUGAUGUUUUUCUUCUCUUUUGACAUCCUCCUGAGAACAGUAGUGAGCAUUGAAAGUAGUGCUGUUAUGCAGUACCAGAAGUUCCUUGACUGUAAACGUGCAUAUAAAACACAAGUGUCUACUGAAAUUAGCAUUACUUUGUAUUUAGUAACAACAAAAAAUGUAACGAAAUGUAUAAGAAGAUAUAACAGUAACAUUACUGCAGUAAUGAUGAGUAAAAAAUGUAAAGCUUGUUUUAAGGGAAUCUUGAAUCUUUGUAUACCAGAUUGAUUCCUGUCUUCAAUAGGGUCUUAAGCAGCAUUCCAGCAUUUUAAAUUAUUACUUAGGUGUUUGCAUUAUUAACUUAUUUGUAAUAGUAUUUGCAUUUAUAAUUACUUUGGAUGAUGAAAUAAACAUAUUUUACAUUUGCGUUGA